AAAUUUGUCUAUGUCAAAAAUUCACAAAGGCAUGACGGCUGUUACUUUUUUGUGAAGAAAUUCCAAAAUUAUUAAUAAAUCGAAGAGCACACGGUUUUUAACAUCAGCUCCGUGUUUUGAUUGUGAUAAGUGACUUAUUUCCCUGACGGCAUGAUGGUGGAAGGGUCAGCGUUUACGCGGAACGAUGUGUUCCAAAUGGCUAUAAGGGUUGCUUUUGUGUCCGCUGUGACUUAUUUUUCAAUAAAAUGGCUCGUGAACCAGAUAGACCCAACGUCCAAGAGUCGGAAGAAGGCUGAGGAGCGUGCCCGCGAACAGUUACGCAAGAUGUCUUGCAGAGCGGGGCUCGGCAACAAGCACUCCAUCGCGCUGGACAAGCUCACUGACCACGAGAUGAUCAUCGCUUCACAGCUGGUGGUGCCUGAUGAGAUCAGUGUGAACUGGAAGGACAUAGCUGGGCUCGACCACCUGAUCCAGGAGUUGCGGGAGACUGUUAUCCUGCCGAUCCAGAAACGAGAGCUGUUCGCUGACAGCAGGCUGACGCAGCCACCCAAGGGUGUGCUUCUGCAUGGUCCCCCAGGUUGCGGUAAAACCCUGAUAGCUAAAGCAACAGCGAAGGAAGCGAACAUGAGCUUCAUAAAUCUGGACGUAUCACUGCUGACGGACAAAUGGUACGGCGAGACGCAAAAGUUGGCAGCCGCUGUAUUCAGCCUUGCAGUCAAGUUGCAGCCUUGCAUCGUGUUCAUAGACGAGAUCGAAUCAUUCCUGCGUACGCGCACGCAACACGAUCACGAAGCGACCGCCAUGAUGAAGACUCAGUUUAUGUCGCUGUGGGACGGCCUCAUCACGGAACCAACCUGCACCGUCAUUAUAAUGGGUGCCACAAAUCGUCCCCAGGACUUGGACAAGGCGAUCCAGCGUCGAAUGCCGGCCACAUUCCACGUCCCUAUGCCGAGUGAGAGCCAACGCGAGAGGAUCCUGCAGCUUAUACUGCGCUCUGAACCUGUCGCCCCAGACAUUGAUUUCAAGCGGCUAGCAGCCUCCACCGAAGGGUUUUCCGGAUCUGAUCUCCAUGAGCUCUGCAGACAGGCUGCCGUGUACAGAGUCAGGGACCUCGCCAGAGAUGAGAUGAGCAGGGAAAUGAACAAGAGCUCCACAGACGUUGGUAAAUCAGGAUCGGAUUCAGACGAGGAGUACGUGGAUGCAGUGCGUCCAAUAACGAUGGACGACCUCCGCCUCUCACUCAGUAAGCUCAAGGAGUCGAAGAUCCAGUGCGGCACACUCGCGCCCUCUAUGCGGAUAGAACUCGACUAGGCAACGCCAUCUAGCGGUCUAACUGACGGUACUUAGUAUAACUUGGGAUUGUGACUUAUAUAGGUACAUUGUUUAAUGAAUUUGCUAAGCAAUUGGCGCCACUGUCGCUUUUGGCGUUGCAUUUAAGUGACAAACGCCCAAAUACUGAAAUGCUACUCAAUUUAAGGUUGUGCUUAAAUAUCGUGCUAUCUCUGUCUUUUAUGAAGAAUUUGUAGUGACAGAAAUAAUCUUGAGAGCGUCUUAAAGUUAAGUGUCGUUUGAGUAUUUGAACAUGAGUUUUAUUUCUCCACUUAAUUAUUAAAUUUUAGUUCUAAUCUCGGUUGAUAGCAAUAUAAUGGUUGCUGUUACUAUCGUUCAUAAUAAAGGCUUUAGUUUAAACCUUAAGCCGAAAUAACCUCACGCCUUUUUAAUCCCCAAAUAGGGUAGGUAGAGAUGUACAUUUGAGAUGUCUGUUUUCACCAACAUUGUCAUGGGUGAGCUAACUGUGAUCGAAGUUAUGCAUAAUAUAAUAAUGAAUUCCUUACAUAAUGUACCUAUAACCCUGGAAAGUUGAUAAGGAUCGAUAUUAUCGGUAAUUCUCAAUGUAUGUGUAUGUAUAUGAUGGUUCAAUGAUCGAGUCGUGGGAAUGAUGGUUUUACAUCACUUGUCAAGACGAACGAGAAUUAUAUGUGGUGCACGUUUUCUGUCCACGCUAAAAUGGCUCAAGUUAUUUUCAUUUAAAUGUACUUUUUUAAUUUUGGGGAAAAGAUUUUGGGAAAUUAAUUUGUGUGUGCCUCAAUACUUUUAAAUUUUUUGUAUAUCAGUCAGCCUAAAAAAUGUAAGAUAUAGGUAACAAAUUUUCAAUGUUGUCUCUUUCACACUCAUGCAUAAUCGUAUAUGAGUGACAGAGAUAGACAGUUUAUUAAUUGAAAAUCCUCUUUUAAAACAAAUUUUAGUUACUAAUCCUAACAUUUGCUAUUUUUUCAACCGAUCGACUUUAACGCGUAAGUCAGUACCUGAAAUCGACCAAAUAACUCGUUUGACUUUCGUCUUUAUUGCGUUGGUCUUACGUUGUACAAUCGAUUGACUCGAAGAUCGCUAGAAUAUUACUUAGAUGAGAUUUACCUAGGUUUCUAGGUAACCUAGGUAGAUUCUAGUCUUAUUUAAGAGGGGAGUUGUAUACUAAUUGGAGUGGUUAUAUUGAUGGAAAAAUGUCGGUAAAGGUGCAAAUACGUAUUGAAAUGUGAUAUGAAAGUAACUAUUAAGUGUUUUGGCUUGGUCCAUACAUUCAGGGCCGAAAUAAGGACUUCUGUUGAGGUCCUAAAUAAAAUUUAAUAAUCGUCCAAAUUGAAUUUAAUAUGAAUAAUGAAAUCUUUCAAUCGAAUGAAUAACUUACUAAAAAAUGUUAAACUAAAUAUCAACUUUAUUGUCAGUAUGUUAAAGUUACUUUUCCUUUGAAAUUAAUCUAUCCACUCCAUUUAGUUCACACUCGUAUGUUUAAUUCCGUUACCAUUGAUAUUGUAAAUUAUUAUGUUGUAAAUAUUCGAGUGGUUUAUGUUACACUUGAAAAAUCAACCCUAUUCGCUUGUUUUAAAGUUUGUUUUAGACCAAAACAUCAUGUAUUUGUUUUAAGACAUACAUUUGUCAGUUUAUGCAGUCCAUAAUAACUUAGAUUGGGAGUAUAAUACAGAAAAACAAACAAGUAUACUGUUGAACAAACAGGGCAGCGCAAAUUGAACUCUAAUGCUCUUUGAUACAGCAUAAGUUAGCGUGCACGUUACUCUCCUAAGGUUAUUAAUAACGACACAUUGUUCUAUGUCAGGAAACCGAUCACUUUAUAUGUUUGUAUACUUUUAAUAACCUAACCUAUUUGUCGAUGCUACUAAAGACAGAGUUUUCACGUAAAUUCCAUACAAAAUGUGUCAAAAUUCAAUGUCUGUCUCAGUGCUGUAUAUCAGUGUAGAUAAUGGACUAUGACUAACAUAAUGUCUUAUUACAAAUACAAUGUAUUAGCAUAGUGUAGUUAGAUAAUAUUCCCUGUGGCUAUGGUGUUUGGCGAAAGCCGAUAUACGGUGUGAUCUAUAAUAAAAAAAAAUCAAAGCCAAAAUUUCCAAUUUAGAACUUUAUGACUUAAUAUCGAAAGCUCUAAUUUGCUGGGCAGGCCUUGGCUUUAAAAAAACUUAUCGUUUUUAUGUACAAACAUGAAGUUCUAGGUUAGAAAUAAUAAUAAAAUGGCGCUAUAAGUGUGACCGGUAUCAAGAUGGUUCAGAGUUGUCAUUAGUACGAGUUAGAUAGUACCGAAAAUAAAUGCGUAAACAUGCGCUAAACUAAUAACUAAUACAAACAAAUAUACCAAAUUAGUUUCGUCUCUAAAUACUAACAGAAAUCUAUUUAAACCAGUGAACAUAUUUUGGCAAAGAUAAAUAAAUAUUUACCAAAUAAAAAUAUUUCUAUUAGAAUAACUUGUAUCAAAUUGUCGAUGCGAACAUCUCUAACGAAAGUUAAUGGACGCGGUUAUAUCACGGUUGAUUGUUGUUAUACUUUCAAAGAAAGUGAAAUAAUGAUCAAUUAGUGCUGUCGUGUUUAUUACACUUUCCACUUAUCGAUAGAUGACGCCGUGGAGCCGAAAUAACCCGUUAUGACCUCAUUUUGACAACAACUUUAACUACCGAUGCUAAUUACUUAAAUAUAAUCAAAUUUGAUUCACUUAUUGAUAUCUGAUGAGGUGAUAAAUAAGAAAAAAUAUGGCUUAUAUUAUACAAGCGUUUUGAAGUUCGAUUAUUUCGGCUCCCACGUUACGAUAAAAAAGUUUUAAACAAAGAUUGUAUAGUCUACUUUGCCGGCAAAGAAAGACAAGAGAUGGUAAUUCUAAAAAUGUUCAUUAGAUAUUUGAAAUUCUAAAGUUUAUUCCAAUUAAGAAAUGAAGAUAAAAUUAUAUUUAUCGAUUGUUAAAAAUGUAGAUACGCUUCUCGAUAUUAAUGUGUUGCUGGAUGUUUGGAUGUUAAAUAGUUUGUGGCUGGUCGAUGUAUGGUUAUAAAUUCGAUCGAAUUUGUUCGAAACAUAUCGAUAUAUCUAUCGGCAUCGGUUCUCAGCACUAUGAAUGUGUUAGGUGUAUUGUGGAUUUGGGAUAAGCUGGGGUGCGGGUAAAAAGGCCAAGUAAAUGAGAAAAGUGUUAUACAAAUUAUGAUUAUACAAGUAAAUGUGAUGGACGUUUGACCAUUUGAGCCCAAAUACCCAAAUGCUUUGGCUCUAACUGUGUGCAUUUUAUUCGGCUUUUUACAAUAGUGGUUAGUUUUUUUGUAUUGCGUACGUAUUAGCAGGGUUAGGCUUGGGCUGUGUCGAUAAAUUGUUAAUUUAUUGUACGUUAUGUUAUCAAUAUCGCUUUGUAUACUAUAUUGUUGGAGAAAAUCGUGGAUUUGUAACUGAAAGUGACUGAUGAUUGUGGUGUUUUUGACAAGUAAGAACUUUUUCACAGACUUAUAUGGUAUCGUAUACAUGCCCAUCGAAGCUAGAAUGGAGACAAUCGAAUUAUCGAUAAAGUGCGGCCACAUCACUAGCUGUUCCUUAAUAAAAUAGUUACAAAACUGCGAUUUUUAUGUUAUAGAUUUUGCACAAACCUAUAGCAAUAAAAACUUGGUGAUUAAAACGAUAAUUAAUGAAACAGUGAUUGAAAAUAAGUUAUUUUUGGUUAUACAGAAAUACGUUUCCUUUUGUCCGUAUAUGCAGUUUUUUGUUUAAUUUUUAUUUUAUAAUCUUAUUGUAUAUUGUUGUUUUGUUGAUGUGGUUUAACAUCGUUUAUACUUAAAAUAUGAUUCUUGGUCGUACUGGGCCGAUACUGUUUUCAAAGAUACUAACAACAUGUUAUCGACAAAUGUGAACGUGUGUACCUUUGACUUAAUGUUUGUCAAUUAUGUAGGGGCAAGCAUGUGACAUGACAUACUCGCAUUUUGUCGAAUCUCAUAAAGUUCGCAUUCCCUGUAUGUCUUGUCAAUACUUAUCAUGCUUCGCCAACUUAUGUCGUUAAAACUGUGGCCUGUUGACAAAAUGAUCCAACAACAUUUUUUUGAAGAUUUUUUUUUCGCUAAACAGCUACUUGCGUUGUUUUUAUUGCCAAUGAUGAGUUAGUACUCGAACAUAAUAUAUUUAUUGUGUAAAUAAAAGCAAUAACUUAAAUAGAA